AAAGACAUGUUAAAAUACAUUAUAUCCAGUUACAUGACAUUGACUUAGUGUCUUGUGUCUUCAUUAAGAUGUGAACAUGAUUAACUGUUAGAGCGUGAUAUAAAAACAUUAAAUGUAAAAUAACAGCAUGCGCUGGAUCAAGUGCAAUUCCCUGUGCUCCUAAAUUAGUGAGUGACGAAGAUUUUUUCGUAAUUAAAAUAGUUAGUAAUGUACAUAUCUGGUAGAGAAAAAUCUGGCAACCUUAGAGCCAUGAACUACAUGCAGGUUUAUUAUAAUAAUAUAAAUGAAGAACCCAUAAUACUGAGUUAAGAAGCUGCAGAACACGACUCUGAAUACGAGGAAUUUUCCCUGUUUACAUGUUGAUGUUCCUUUUGGACUUAAGUCACUGAUUCUGAAUACGGCCCACUGUAAUAGUUGUGACUCUUGAACACUAUUUCUGUAACUUUAAUGUUCAUUAUGACUUCACCACUUAAAUAUCUGUGUUUUAAUGUAGAUCAUGAAGCUGAGAAUAGUGAUGACACCAUUACAGCUGAUCAGAAGACAGUUAUACUGACAGACAGUGUGAGGUUGGUGAAUGGUGGAAGUCGCUGUGCUGGGAGAGUGGAGGUUCUUCAUGAUGGACAGUGGGGAACAGUGUGUGGUUCUGCCUGGGAUAUGAAAGAUGCUGCAGUGGUGUGUAGAGAGCUGCGCUGUGGGGAGGCUGUAGAUGUGCAUUAUUGGGCUGAGUUUGGACAAGGAUCAGGAGAAAUCUGGAUACAUGAUGUGUACUGCAGAGGAUCUGAGUUGAUGCUGAACAAUUGUAGCUCACAAGGGAAGCAUGACUGUGAGCAUGUUGAUGAUGCUGGAGUCACCUGUUCAGGACAUAUAAAGCCGAGACUCAUUGCUGGUCCUCACCAGUGCUCUGGGAGAGUGGAGGUGUUUCUUGGACGUUCCUGGUCCACAGUGUGUGAUGCUGACUUUGACCAGCAGGAUGCAGAGGUUGUGUGUCGAGAGCUGGACUGUGGGAUUCCUGUGGAGGUUCUGGGAUCAGCUGCUUUUGGACGAGGGGAGGGUCAGGUGUGGACAGAGGAGCUUCAGUGUAGAGGAAACGAAUCUGAGAUUUACUUCUGUCCAACAUCAUCUUCACUCAAACACUCACACUGUUCCCAUGACAACGAUGUGGGAUUAAUAUGUUCUGGUCACACAGAGGCGCGGCUGGUGAACGGACCGGACUCCUGUUCUGGUCGAGUGGAGCUCCAGUACCUCGGUGAGUGGGGCACAGUUUGUGCUGUAGGCUGGGAUAUGAGAGCUGCAGAUGUUCUGUGUGCACAGCUGGAUUGUGGGAGUGCUGUGGCUGUGGUGGAGGUGGACUGGUUUGGGGAGGGGAGUGGCCACAUCUGGGCUGAUGUGUUUGAUUGUCAGGGGAAGGAGACACACCUAUCACGAUGUGGCGUCUCAUCAUGGAGUCGAGCUGCGUGCUCUCAUAAACACGACGCUGGAGUCAUCUGUAAUGGAUCAUCCAUGGUGUUUCAUGAGGGGCGAGUGCGGUUGUCUGGAGGGAGAGAGUGUCAGGGGGAGGUGGAGAUUUAUUUCAGGCAGGACUGGAGGAGAGUUCUCCUGGACUCGUGGAGUCUGUCUGAGGCGUCUGUGCUCUGCAGACAGCUGGGCUGUGGCUCUGUGCUGAACUACCGCUCCUCUCCAUCCACCACUGAACACAAACACAUGUGUGUAACGGGUUUCAGCUGCUCUGGGAGUGAAGCUCAUCUGGGGAACUGCAGCAGGCCACAAGCUGAACCUGUCAACUGCAGCUCUGGGGAACAGCUCUACAUCACCUGCUCAGGUAAACAUAAUAAAGACCCCCGCUCCAUCAGGUUGGUUGGUUCUGGGGGAGACUGUGCAGGAAGGCUGGAGGUUUUCCACAGCGGCUCGUGGGGGACAGUGUGUGAUGACUCGUGGGAUAUUGAGGAUGCCCAGGUGGUGUGCAGACAGCUGCAGUGUGGAGUGGCCCUCAGUACCCACAUACCAGCCUGGUUUGGUCCUGGAACUGGGUCCAUAUGGCUGAAUGAGGUGGAGUGUGAGGGGAACGAGACGUCCCUGUGGAACUGCAGAUUUCAGCUGUGUGAAGAGGGUGAAUGUGGACACCAUGAGGACGUAGGAGUCGUCUGCUCAGAGUUUAAAGAGAUCCGACUCUCAGAGGGCUGUGAGGGGAAUCUGGAAGUGUUCUACAAUGGAACCUGGGGUAAUGUGUGUUACAAUCAGAUGGAGCUAGAAACAGCAGAUAUGGUGUGUCGAGAGCUGAACUGUGGAAGACUAAAGCUUUUGGACUCGGCCAUAGCGAGAGUCGAAUCUGCUCCUAAUUGGUUGGAUGAACUGAAAUGUAGGAAACACGACUCUAAUCUGCUGAAGUGUCCAUCUUCACCCUGGGGACAGAACAGAUGUGAUAAUCGUGAUGAAGUGGCUCGUAUUACCUGCACAGAAGAUGGAACGUCUCUACGUACUCAUGGGACAUGUUCAUCAUUUCCUCUUCAGAAAUACUGCUCAAAGCACUGGUCUCUCAGGCUGAGUGGAGGAAAGGGAAGCUGCUCUGGGAGGUUGGAGGUGUAUCAUAACUCUACGUGGGGCUCCGUUUGUGAUGAUCGGUGGAACAUCAGGAACGCUCAGGUGGUGUGCAGACAGCUGGGCUGUGGGUCGGCGCUGAGUGAUGAUAGGAAUGUUUGGUUGGGUUCUGGUGAAGGGACUAUCUGGAUGAACAGAGUGAAGUGUCGAGGGGAUGAGAUUCACCUGUGGGACUGUCAUCAUUCCCUGAAGAACCACACUGACUGCUCUCAUGCUGGAGUCACCUGUGCAGACAUAUCCACCAUGUCCACUGCUACACCCACCACCACCACCACCACCACCACCUCCACCACCACCACCAAAUCAGUAAGAGCCAAUCCAAACCCUGUGUCACCUGGAGCUCCACCCACCCCUCCACUGGUUCUCUUUGUGUUGGGAACGCUGCUCUUCCUGGCCUUAGUGCUUCUGCUGGUACUGUUUUACCAGAACAGAGUUCUCAGGAGAGUUGUCUCUAGGACGAGGCGUAAGACUGAGCCUGAGGCAGUCUAUGUGGAGAUCAACCACAGAUACAUGGCUAGAAGAAUCACGAGCUUCACUCAAAGAGGAAGUCUCCUCUCUGAAGAACAGCAUUCUGGGUAUGAGGAUGUGGAUGAUGAGCUUCUCUCAGAGGAUGAAGCUGAGAAUUAUGAUGACGCCAUUACAGCUGAUCAGAAGUCAGUUAUACUGACAGAGGACGUGUCCGAGAACUAUGAUGAUGCAGUUACCACUGAAACAAACCCAAACAUCAUCACAGACAAUCCAGAAGAUUAUGAUGAUGUCAUCACUGAGGAACAGGAUGUAGGAGAGACAGAAGAAUAUGAUGAUGUGGAGGAGAAAUCUCAGAAAGACAGGGACCAUGUGACUGAGACACGCCCCCAAAGGCCUUUUCUCAGGAAAUUACAUUUCAACUUUUAUAAACACAAAAAAUGAUUUUAUUUUACUUCCAAUAAUUUCAUUCAUUCUGAACCAUGUUCAUUUUCUCACCUUGUUAUUAGCAAAUAGAUUAGGGAGAGUUAAAUCACCUCCAUUAUUACUGAACCAAAUGUUUCCAGCUUUCCUUUUACAACACAUUUAGUGCUAUAAGUCAUAGUGAGCUUAAAUAUCACUGACACACCACACCUCAUUUAUCUCACCAGUUUAUUCCAUCCAAAUGGCCAUAAUGUUCAUUUCAAUCUUUUGGUGAAACAUCUGAUCUUAUCAUUCAUGUCUAACUGAAACUUGGGAAUCUGUUAUUCAGUGUUUUUAGAAAUGAGUUAAUUACAUUCCACUUGUCAGAAGGACCUGAAGAACUUGUUUACUACACAUAUUAAAAUUCUUACAAGCCAGAAAUAUGCAACUUUUUAAAUAGAUAAAGAUUUUCACAUACUGCUCAGGUUAUUGUUUUAUAUAUUUUAAGAUCUAAUUCAAUAUUCUAUGUUUUUUCUGUUGAUUUGGUCUGAAUUUUAAGCAGUGUACAUGUGACGUGCUAUUACAUCACACCUGAAUGAUAAAAUAUUUUAUUCUUUUAACAGAGAAUGAGUGCUGAUUAUAAUAAUUAUACCACACUGUGGAUAAAUCCUGGUAAAUAGUUACGACUGUAACAUAAAUGAUAAGUUUUUAUUAAUGUGCUUGUUCUAAUAUGUUCUCUUUUCUACAGUAACAUCGUUCACAGAGACUUGUACGAUGCAAGCUACUCAUUAUCUAAGCCUAAAUUAAACAGAUUUAAAACCUGUUACAGAGAAUAGUGUAUCAUCAUUGAUUGUGACGUUUUCUGUUAGGAGACAUUUAUUUAACAUUUAUAGAAAGAGUCUUGAGAACCAGCUCUUUGUUACAGACAUUAUUUUAGCAGCUGCAGUUAAAGUAAUCCUGAAAGUCGGGGUGUUGCAGCACCAUCAGCAGCCCUACUUCCUGUCUCUUUGGAUAUAAUGGGAAAUGGACAAGGAAUUUCAAUAUUUUGUCUAAAUUAACAAUAUGCAAAUAAAUAUAACAUUUUGUUUUCCACAGUGAGUAAAUAUUGUGCCUUAUUCCUAGCUUUAUUGACUUUUUCACUAUUUUUUCAUGUAUUUUUUCACUUUAACAAGUGUUAAAUAAAAGUGCUUUUAUAACAUAAUGUGAUGAUGUGAUUUGAGUGUGUGGCUCUUGUAGUGAUGAAUCUGUGGUCAGUGUCAGGCAAUAAAAAUAAAUAAAUAUUUA